AUAAGUUAGAAUCUUGGCCUCGAGGAGCGGAGCAGGAGAGAGUGACAGACAUAUCAGACAUGGGAGGCUCGGAAAAGACUAAGAUCCUCGCAAGCGAAGCCCUCCAAAAGUACAUAUUGGAAACGAAUGCAUAUCCGAGAGAGCACGAGCAGCUGAAAGAACUCAGAGAGGCCACAGUUCAGAAGUACCAGUACUGGAGUUUGAUGAAUGUGCCAGCUGACGAGGGGCAACUGAUCUCCAUGAUGUUGAAGCUUAUGAAUGCGAAGAAGACCAUCGAGAUCGGAGUCUUCACCGGCUAUUCUCUCCUCACCACCGCACUUGCACUUCCAAACGAUGGCAAGAUAAUAGCGAUGGAUAUGGAUAAGGAGGCUUAUGAAACGGGCCUGCCGUUUAUCAAGAAAGCCGGAGUUGACCAUAAGAUCAACUUCAUCCAUGCAGAUGCUUUCUUAGUUCAAAACAACCUUAUCAAAAAUGGAGAAGAAGAGGGGGACUUUGAUUUUGCUUUUGUGGACGCCACCAAGGAGGACUACAUCAAGUACCACGAGAUCCUGCUCAAGCUGGUGAAGAUCGGAGGGGUGAUCGCGUAUGACAACGUUCUAUGGUUCGGUGCGGUCGCGCUGUCCGAAGAUGAAGAGAUGGCGGAGCAUCUGAGGGUCGGGAGAAGCCACCUCAGGGAGCUGAACAGCUUCCUGGCGAGCGAUCCGCGCGUUGAGUGCUGUCUUCUUUCCGUUGGAGACGGCCUCACGCUCUGUAGGCGCCUCUACUAGAAUCCCCCCCCCCCCCGUCGAAGGUCUAUUUGACGCUUCGAGAAUUUCUAUGCACGGUGUGUCCUCGAGAGUUAAUAAUUUUUAUCGUUGCUUUGGUUGAAUGACUAUCGACAUAUUAACUCGUUGUAAUACAAUAUAAAUAAACGUUGCCUACCACGUCAACGUCGCACUUGUAUUUUCCCUUCAUGUUUCACGUCAAUAAAUCGAUCCUAUCUAAUAUUAAGAUCAAGAGCUCCAGAUGCAGAGCAAUUAUUGGGGAA